UUUUUUUUUUUUUUUUUUCAGUUCUUGCUCAUUAAUGUGCGGAUUUUCGGUGAACACUUACGAAGUAUUAUCAGGGGAAAAUUUUGUAAAUGUAUCGGAAUGAAUGAAAAGUUUUAAGAUUUUUCAUGGAUGGGGUCUGAUCUUAUGUCAAGCUGGUUGUGAAGGUGUUCGAUCUGGUCCCCUCGACCCCAAACGGAGUCCCCAUGGCUGCUGGAGUGGCGGCCUGGCUCCCCUUUGCUCGGGCGGCGGCCAUAGGAUGGAUGCCUGUGGCCAACCUGCCCAUGCCUGUUGCACCAACCAAUAAGAACAAGCGACAGGAUGAGCUCAUUAUCCUCAAUGUCAGUGGCCGACGCUUCCAAACCUGGCGGAACACACUAGAUCGUUACCCUGAUACACUCCUGGGGAGCUCAGAAAAAGAAUUCUUCUUCAAUGAGGAGACUAGGGAGUAUUUCUUUGACCGAGAUCCGGACAUGUUUAGAAGUAUUCUCAACUUCUACCGCACAGGAAAGCUGCACUACCCACGCUAUGAGUGCAUCUCUGCCUAUGAUGAGGAGUUGGCAUUCUUCGGAAUCAUUCCUGAGAUCAUCGGUGACUGCUGCUAUGAAGAGUACAAGGACCGCAAGAGAGAGAACAUAGAACGUCUUUUGGAUGACCUUGAGGACAACAAAGACAGCAAACUCCCCAACAUGACAAUCCGGGAGACCAUGUGGAGGGCCUUCGAGAACCCACAUACUAGCACCAUGGCGCUGGUUUUCUACUAUGUAACCGGUUUCUUCAUCGCCAUAUCUGUCAUCACCAAUGUGGUUGAGACAGUUCCAUGUGGUUUGACACCAAAUCAGAGAGACGUUCCUUGUGGGGAACGCUACACAGAGGCAUUUUUCUGCAUGGACACGGCAUGUGUUAUGAUCUUUACGGUGGAGUAUCUGAUGCGACUGUUUGCGGCGCCCAGCAGGUACCGCUUCAUGCGUAGUGUAAUGAGCAUAAUCGAUGUUGUGGCAAUCCUGCCGUAUUACAUCGGACUUGUCAUGACUAACAACGAGGACGUGAGCGGAGCCUUUGUCACGCUUCGAGUGUUCCGCGUCUUCCGGAUCUUUAAAUUCUCCCGCCACUCUCAGGGUCUUCGGAUCCUUGGCUACACGCUGAAGAGCUGUGCGUCAGAGCUUGGCUUCCUCCUCUUUUCCCUCACCAUGGCCAUCAUCAUCUUUGCCACAGUGAUGUUCUACGCUGAGAAAGGCUCCACUUCCAGCAAGUUCACCAGCAUCCCAGCCUCCUUCUGGUAUACCAUUGUAACCAUGACAACACUGGGGUAUGGAGAUAUGGUCCCUAAGACCAUAGCAGGGAAGAUCUUUGGCUCCAUCUGUUCUCUUAGUGGAGUGCUGGUCAUCGCUCUGCCUGUUCCUGUAAUCGUUUCCAACUUCAGCCGCAUUUACCAUCAGAAUCAAAGAGCUGACAAGCGCCGGGCUCAGAAAGUUCAGAAAGCCCGACUGGCCCGAAUGAGAAUUUCCAAGAGUGGCAGCUCUACCGCCUUCCUGCAUAGCAAACGAAAUGGACUCAACCAAUCACUGGAGCUAACGCAGCUCCCCUAUUACAAGAUGAAACUUUCACCACAGGGCUCCAUAGAGGACCAUCAAAUGAAAAAAGCUACAACUCUGCUGGAGAGUCAGCACCACCAUCUUCUUCACUGCCUAGAGAAGACCACGAAUCAUGAGUUUGUGGACGAGCGGCUGUAUGAACAGGGGUAUCUUCAGACAACACUCCAGAACUUCCCAUCGCGGAGUCCGUCUCUGUCCAGCGAGGAGGGCAUCACGGGCACCUGUUGCUCUCGGAGAGUCAAGAAAAACAUCCAGCCUCUCAAUGCCACACACUCACAUCCACACACACACAACCUGAAGGAGCUCAGCACCUUACACAUCCACUGUAGGGAACAGCAGCCACUAAACACCAGUCGUUCCAGUCUCAAUCUGAUAUCGGAUGAAUCGGGCAGUCUGAACUGCAAGAGCAGUGGACUGGUUACCACGGCGAUCAUCAGUAUCCCCACCCCUCCCUCAAACAACUCUCGAGCCAGCCCUGAUGCUCCGUCCCCUCCAAACCCUGGUGCUCCGCCUCUUCCGAACCCCGGCACUGACGUGGUGAAAAUUUCUUCGCUGUAAGGGACAACAGAACUCAGGAAGAGAAACUGAUGAAUAGCCUGCCCCCUAGUGGGGAUGGAUUGCACUGACUGAAAAGACAAGAAAAUGAGAACGAUGAAUAAGGAUGUGUGUGUAAAUGAGAGAAAACAAGACGACCAUAAGUAUUCGAUCACUCUCCAUCAGGACUGAUGCGAUGAGGGUGUCACUGUGCAUAAAACAUUUUCCUUUCUUUUUCCUCAUAUUCUGCCUUUUGUGUCAUACUGUUUGUUUGUUUUUUAAAAUACUUUAUGAGAAAGAUUUUUUUCAUCUGUGACUCCGUUUAUUAUUUGUCGGUUCUGACAUCACAGACAGCCUCUCAAAAGGCCUUGGCUCUCUUUAUACCAAUAAUGUUAUAUUUUGAUCUAGCACCAUUCCAAAAGGAUCAGAGAAAAAUCAGCAUUAGAGUCUAAAUGAGACCGUAUGAGUGUGACUGUGUUUCUUAGACUAUGGCAAGUUAUUAUUUUUGGAAUAUGUAUGGAUUUGUGGGUCAGAGUUAGGUUAAACGUGAAUGUUUCUGCCCAUUAUGUAUGUGUGUGUGUGUGUGUGUGUGUGUGUGUGUGUAAAUUACAGAUUAUCCUUCAAACUCUCAGCCUCUCACACAGUUCGUGCCUCUCAGGGGGAGGAGAGUUUCCUUCUUCUAAACCAUUGUCUCUCCUUGUGUCCAAAAUGUUGAGCCGACUUUGUAACGUCAUUUGUUACCUAUCAGACAUUACUAUGUAAUAUAGAACCAAAAAACAAGAGAGAAAGAAACACAGAAGUGUUUUGAAAAACUCUAUGACUACAAGCACAAGGCAUCGCUGAGAUUUUGUUAAUACAAUGUGUAUCAAGGCUUGGUUUAACUGUGAAUAUUGUUGAUAGAAUAUUUUGUUAUAUUUAGCCAUGGUUUGGCAAAACCAGAGCAGCUGCCUACCCAGCCCCUUUCUGUCUGUCCCGCCCCUUUCCUGUUUACUGCUGGCCUGCUUUUUGUAAUUGUUCUGAUCUAAGUGUUAUUGUCAUUAUCGCUCAGUGGGUAUUUAAAAAAAAAUCGUCUAGUUUGCGUAAACUCUACAUGGGUAGGAAACUUUUGGUGUUUGUGUUUUUUCAUUAACAGUUAAUGUUUUGAAUUGUUGAUUUUCAGUUAUUUGUUGCUGUUAGAAGAGAAACCAACAACUGUACAAACCAAUCAGAGCUAUUCUCUCCCUAUAAACUUCCUCCUUUUCUGUCUUUGUCCUUAUAUGUCAGCCAUGUUCAGGAGAAUGGCAUUGCCAACAAGAGAGUUUGAAAGUCAUCAAAGUCAGUCGAAAGUCGUUCUUGCUUAGUCUGUGUCACGUUGACUGUUUCAGAAUCUUGUUUUCCAACACUGGUGAAACUUAAGCAGAAUUACCAGCAAUUAAACACAAUACCCGCUAAACUCCACCUUAUGUACACUAAGCCCCAUCUUCUCUACCAUAAUCCUCACCUCAGAACUUCUAAAUUCCAUCCUUUGUACCCUAAACCUCUUCCUUAAUACCUUAAAUCCCGCCCUUCCCCUUAAACUCCACUCACUUGUGCCUCUAACACCAGCAUAUAUAAGAAGUGACCCCUCCCCUCAGGAUAUUGUUCUAGGGACACUGAGUUUUGAGUUGUAAUGUUCAGUGCAAUGAGACUAAUGCACUAAACCUCAUAUACAUGGAACUUAAACUUGUUUUUUGGCAAAUGACUGGUCCUGCACAGAUAGUAUAAGCCAUAUUUUCCAGAAAGCAUCACAAAAGAAAAAUUAAAUAAUAAGAUUACAUAACAGAUAACCUUUAGUUGAACCUUACGGUUGAAGUGGAUGACCAAUUACACAAACACAAAUGUUUUCAAGAGUUAUCAUUAUGUUCUUAAAAAUAUAAAUUUUUAUGACUGCUAGGACAUCAGUAUUACAGGGAAAAGCACACUUUGACAUUAGGAAUUUCAGGGUAUCAAGCCCACAUUGUUCUUUUACCAGGUUUUUGAAAGCUCUUUGAGUUCAAAAUGUUCUUUGAUGGCCCCUGUGUUCAUAUUACUAUUAUCUUCCUGUUUGUUGUACAUACAAUCCAUCACAAAAAUCCAAGUAUGGAUCUUGAUAAGUACCAUUAUAAAUUCAUCAGCUUUUUCGGUCCAAGUAAUGUUUGGUCCCUUUGUGAUUUACCAUAUUGAUUUCCUUAGGUGUACAUAAUAGAUAAUAUGGUAAUAUGGAAAUAUUGUAACAAACUAAUCAGAUGGGAAAGUGUGGCCGAUAGAGUCUAAAUUUUAAGAUAAUAAAUGUUAAGUAUUGAGUCACAUGUGCUCUUCACACUGGAGAAAGCAGUAAUCUGUUGAAGUUAUUUCGCUUUUGCUUUGCCUUUACAUCUAGCCCUGCAGGGAACACUACAGAACCAUAAAUGUAAUAGAAGUGAAAUGUUUCAUUCAUUUGUGCAGUCCCUUCAUAUGACAGAAUUGGUUGUUUUGAGCGUAAGUGGAAUUCUGUACGUGUCCAGCUACAUACCUGUCAAGGGUCUUAUUUCUUUCUUCGUGUGUCUGUGCUUGUUUAACUCUUUUACUCUUUAUGCGUACGUUGUUUGUUUGUUUGUUUUUUUGCGAUUGUCAUGUUGUUCUUUUCAGCAUAUUCCUGUUCACUGUCAGGUGUUAAAUAUUAUUUAUGAUUUGUUGUGUGUCACAGUUGUGAAACGCCUGAUAAAUGAAAUGUAUCUGCCACAAAUCCAUCUGCUGUUUGUUCAUUUCUUCUAAUAAGUCUAAUGCCAAACGGUGAUCUAACAGCAAUUUAGGCUUGCAAUCUCUUAAAUCAACAUUAAAAUGUGCAACAAACGUUUGGGCUGAAAUAAAGUAUAGCUUCAACAUCUGAUAAACACGUCAGAAUUAUCUGGGAUGCAGAAACUAGCAGCAGCUAAAAUAACAAAAAACAAAAUCUAGUUCUGUGUGUUUCACACUCUCCAGAACAUUUAUCUGAGCACCUCAAAUAGAUUUCAGUAUUUAGCAUCAAUAACAUCAAUAAUUUUCAGCUGCUUUAAGAAUUUUGUUUAGGAUUAUAAUGUUACCACAUGCAGCUUUGGUGACAUGAUUAUUCUGUGUUAAUAUUUCUAGCUCCAUUGAGUUUUAGGUUAUUCAGGAAUCCAAGUAUCUGUAAUAAUAAAAUGAACUAAUGGCCAGGAUAUGGUUCAAACAUACUCUUUAAAUUCAUUUUUAAAGAAUACCAAAACUGUUAUUUUACUGUCUCACAGUACCCAAUUUAAAUUGCUGUAUGGAUUCGUAGCAGGAUAUUUUAUUUUCUAAUCCGUUUACUUGGGAUUUCAAUUGUAAGUUUUUUUUUUUUUUUGUUUUGUUUUUUUGUGGUAAAGACUUUGAGAGCUUACAACUCACACUGAUCAAUUUAUUGCCUGCCUUUGUUUGGCAAUACUUUAUAAAAUCUUGGAUUAUUAAGUCAUCAACAAAUAUUAUGUAGUGCUUAGCAGAUCGGUAGUUCAUAAAAAUAUUAAAGUUGACUCUUCUCACUCUGAGUAUACAUUAAUCUGUUAAGCAUUAUAUAAUAUAAUGCUGUUUGUUAAUCACUUAUUAAUCAAAGUUAUUAUAAAGAGUUGCCCUUUACACUUUUGUAUACCACAGUCAUUUGUUCAGCAGACCAUUUACAAACCUAAGGUCCUUGUAAAA